UGAAGACAUAGCAAAACCCUCUUCCUCAGGAGGCACCUGUUUGUAAAGCCUGGCCUCCUCACACAGACACACCUGAAAGAAGCUGAGCCGAGAAGGGCUGGGCAGAGACUCCAGUCCCCAGUGACUCAAGUCGGUUGACCUCAGCAAGGCCACAAUGAACCAAGGAGUCUCUUUUAGGCACUUGCUCCUGGUGCUGCAGCUGGCACAGCUCCCAGCUGUCCUUCAAGGCAAGACUGUGGUGGUGGGCAAAGCAGGGAACACGGUGGACCUGCCCUGUAAAAGUUCCCAGAAGAACGUGUUCUUCAUCUGGAAGCUCUCUGACCAGACGAGGAUUCUGGGGAGUCAGAAUAACUUUCUGACUAGAGCUCAGUCUGAGCGGUUCAGCCGUUUUGAUUCGAGAAAAUCCUCAUGGGAUAAAGGAUCGUUUCCUCUCGUCAUCAAUAAACUUAAGAUAGAAGACUCGGGCAUUUACAUUUGUGAGGUGGAUACCAGGAAGACAGAGGUGGAGCUGUUGGUGUUCAAAGUGACUGCCAGCCCGGGCACCCACCUGCUGCAGGGGCAGAGUCUGACCCUGACCUUGGAAAGCAGCCCUAAGGUCACUGACUUCUCAAUUGAGUGCACGUGCCCGAGCAAGAGAAAUUUCAGUAGCUCUAAAGCCCUCACCGUGCCCAACCUAAGCAUUCAGGACAAUGGCAUCUGGUCCUGCAAGGUAGUCCUGAACAAGCAAAAUGAUACAUUAUCUAUGAAGAUCUCUGUGCUGGGUUUCCAGAAGGCAUCUACCACAGUCUUUAAGAAUGAGGGGGAGUCAGCGGACUUUUCCUUCCCCCUUAACUUGGGUGAUGAAAGCCUUCAGGGGGAGCUGAGGUGGAAGGCAGAGAAGGCCCCCUCCCCCCAGCCUUGGAUCACCUUCUCCCUGGAGAACAAGAAGGUGUCCCUGCAAAAGACCACAGGCAACCUCAAGCUCCAGCUGGCAGAAACACUCCCACUCCACCUCAAGAUACCCCAGGUCUCACUUGAGACCGCUGGCUCUGGGAACCUGAUUCUAACUCUGGCCAAAGGAACACUACGUCACGAAGUGAACCUGGUGGUGAUGAAAUUGGCUCAGAAAGACAACUCUUUGACCUGUGAGGUGAAGGGACCCACCUCCUCCAAGAUGCAACUGACCCUGAAGAAGGAUAAUCAGGAGAACAGGGUUACCAAGGAGAAGGUGCUCCAAGUGCCAACCCCUGAGGCAGGGCUGUGGCAGUGUCUCCUGAAUGAAGGGAAUGAGGUCAAGAUGAGCUCCGAUAUCCAGAUUUUAUCCAGAGGGUUGAACCAGAACCAGCCAAUGUUCCUGGCUGUCGUGCUGGGAGGCACCUUCGGCUUUCUGGCCUUCAUCGGGCUCUGCAUCCUCUGCUGUCUCAAGUGCCGUCAUCAACAGCGCCAGGCAGAACGGAUGUCUCAGAUCAAGAGGCUCCUGAGUGAGAAGAAGACCUGCCAGUGUCCCCACCGGAUGCAGAAGACUCAGAAUUUCAUUUGAGGCUAAGGCCCCUUUGCAGCCGACCACCUGCGUCUUGGCUGCUGAGGCCUGUGGACCAGAAGAAUGUAGCAGACCCGUUACUCUGGCCUCCUGCCCUCCUCUUCAAGAACUGGCCACUGCUCCUCUCUCUCUAUUCCCAAGCCCAAAGUAGAGCUUGCUCUCUAAUUUUCAGACACUUGAACACACUUUGUUUUUCCCAGAGUCCUUUUCACCAAAACCUCAGCUCUUCCCUGACUGCUGUUCAGAACCUCUUUCCAGUUGUCUGGGUCUAAGGGUAGUGCACAGAACCAAACAUGGAUGGUGGGGCCGGCAUGUGGAAAUAUUCAGCACAGUUCACAAGAGAGGGCCCUGGGACCAGACUGAGUGGGGACUUGUGUCAAUCACCCAGCCUUUCAGGCACAGAUGGAAACCCAAAGGCUGCUGAUGUCAGCCUCAACUCCCCAUACUGCCUGCUUCUCACUUUGUGAGAAGACCAGACUCACAUUCUGGCCAGUGCACCAACACACACCCAGGCCACAUACCUCUGCACAUAGCCAUACACUUAUCCAUAG